UUGUUUACAACUAUGAAAACAGUGGUUCCUUGAAAACGAAAUUUAAAAAAUGCGUUAUUUUUUUUUUAAUUCAAAGUAUAUAGCUAUCUGCCAGUAAUUUUAUUUGUACUCGAGUUCAAGUUUUGCAUUUUUUUCAUUUUAGUAAGGUUCUGUAUGUUUUCUUAAAUGUAUUUAUUGACUUGAGCCCAGGAUUGUUUGGUUUAAACCACGUUGGUUAAAACCAUGGUUUAAACUAAGUGUUUUUUUUUAAAAUGGUUUUCUUGAAAAAUUUUAUCGUUUUCCUACAAAUGUUUUCACAACUUUUCCAUAUUAUUAUAAAGAGUAAAAUCUAAUUAAUGCAAAGUAACUAGCAAAACUUUAAAAUUAAAUUAAAGGUGCCCAUGAAUAAAGAUGUUGCUGUUAGGAAUUUCAAGCUGUGUCAGGAAGAAUGUUCUUAGCUCUUCCUUACAUAAAUUUCCAAGGUAUCAAUCACCUUUGAAUUCCCUGGAAGUGAAAGUACUUUUACUGAAGAAAUCAUUUGUAUUUACUACUUGUCGAAACUCAUCCUGGGGUUCAUUUUAUACUUCUCUCUCAGAAUCUGCUCCUAUAACAUCACUUCAAAGCUUUUUGAUUGACUUUCAUAACACAUCUGGUCUACCAUGGUGGGCUGUUAUAAUGCUAAGUACUUUUGGAAUAAGAUCCCUUAUCGUGUUCCCGCUGGCUGUCCAUCAACAUCAAGUCAUUGCUAGAUUAGCAAACUUAAGGGUUGAACUUGGAAAAUUAGCCCCAGAGUUAAAUAAAGAAGUAAAUGUUGCUAAAAAUUUAUAUCACUGGGAUGAACAGACUGCGAAAAGAGUAUUUAAGAAAAAUAUGCAUGACUAUUAUCAGAAAUUCAUGUUGCGGGAUAACUGUCAUCCUUUCAAAACAGUUCUUUUAGCUUUACUUCAAGUUCCUGUUUGGAUAUGUUUUUCUAUUUCAUUGAGAAACUUAACUUAUGCACCUAUUAGUUUUCCAGGCGCUGAAGUAGUACAUUUUGAAUUAAAAAACGAAGGCACUCUGUGGUUCACAGAUUUAACAGUUCCUGAUCCAAUUUUCAUCCCUCUACUUUUGGUAGCUGUUAAUGUAAUUCUUACAGAGAUGCAUUCUUUACGGCAAGUCAAUAAAGAAACAAGGUUGCAAAAAAUCCUAGUAAAUGUUACUCGAGUACUCAUUAUAGCUAUUGGAGCUGCUGCUAUUGUUAAUCCAUGUAGUGUGAGUUUUUAUUGGUUAUGUUCAAGUACAUUUGGAUUUUGUCAAAACUUGUUCCUCCUCAUGCCUAAAGCUCGAAAGGUCUUGAGAAUACCAAUGACAGCACAUGACAGCAGACAACCUUUUCAAGAUAUAGUUUUAAAUUUUAGGAAACGUUUUAUGAAGUAAAUUUAGU